AUGCUUCGUCUCGCUCGCACUCGCUUACCGACCGCCGCUCCCUCCUCCUCCAGGAGGACAUUUGUGUCCUCCGUCUUGCUGGACAGGACCUACGAAAAUGCUACUGUCGCCGACCUGAAAAAGCUGCUCAAACAGCGCGGUUUACCUGCGACAGGCAACAAGGCGACGUUGAUCACGCGUAUUCAGGAGCAUGAGAAGCGCAGUGCCCUCGCCGCCAUUGCGCCUACGCCUACGGAAUCGAUGGACAGCCCCACCGCGGUCAGACAGCAAGUCCGCCAUGCGACCACGGUUCCCGGUCUUCCUGGCUCAGGAGACGUUACUGCCCACGCGAAGCAGUACCUCGAAGUCAGACUACCGGACUUUGUAGACGAGCCAGAACCACAGCCCCAGAUCCCCUACGGACCGGACUUCUGGAGCUCACAAGCGCCGGCACACUCGCAGCCCAAGGACGCAGCGCCUCCCAAGCUCCUCGUCGUGGCCAGUGACAACGAGGCCCCCGCGCACAGCGUGCACCAGUCGUUGACCGCCCACUCUUUACCGGAAGAACCCUCGACGUCCGGCUCGCCCGCCAAACCCUCCAGAUCGGGGCCAAGCAGUAUCUGGACAGACAUCGCAGACGACCUGGGCAUCCCAACGUCCACCUCCGUCGCGAACAUGGAGAGUGCGUUCUUCGGUACUACGGACAGGUCGUCCGAGGUGAAGCCGCAGUCACGACCUCUGCAACCCGAGGAGAAGACGGGGGUGUGGCUGUUGCUGGGUCUCUUCGCUGGAGGCUGGGUCGCCGGCGGUCUUGUCAACUCCCAAAAGAAGGAGAAGAAGAACGUGAAGGAGGCCGUGGCUGAGGCGAAGGAGAACGCCAAGGAAGCGCUCCAUUGA